AUGUUCAAAAAUACGCGUCCAUCAGUUGGGGGUGUUGGCAUGCGACUUAUGCAAAAAAUGGGCUGGAGACCAGGUGAGGGUCUUGGUCCUGAUGGUAUGGGCAGUGUUGAGCCGUUGGUAUUGGAUGUGAAAAAUGAUAGAAAGGGUUUGGUGGCGCAAGAUGACAUUGGUGCCAAAGGAGGUGUGAAAAGUGGCGAUGUCAUAGCAACAAAACAUCCUGUGUCUAUGGUUAUGGAACUUUGCGCAAAACGUAAAUGGCCAGCCCCAACAUUCAUCAGCCACGAGUCUGGCCCAUCCAAUCUAAGGGAGUUUAAAUGCACAGCAAUUGUAAACGGCGUAGAGUAUAAGUCAGAUGUCAUAUCCCGCAGCAAAAAGGACGCGAAAUCCGUAGCAUGUCAGAUAGUUCUUCAGUCCCUUGGCCUUGUACCUCGUGAUCCAUCAUUACCGGUUGUUAUAUAA